AUGCUAGGUAGAAAAUACACCUGGUGCAAUGCUUUUGAUGGGAAUAAAUGGAGUAGAAUUAAUAGGUUCCUUCUAAGCCCUGAAUGGCUGGAAAGAUACAAGCUCAAACUGUGGGGCCUUCCUAGAAUUGCAUCUGACUACUACCCUAUUGUGCUCAUGAAAGAUGACAGGGAUUGGGGACCUAAGCCUUUUAAGUUCUUAAAUGCUUGGCUGUUGCACUUGAAUCUUGCCUCUUUAGUGGAGCAAACAUGGAGAGAAUCACAGCUUUCUGGGUCAGCUGUCAUUGAAAAUGAACUUCAUGAUCUUGAUCUGAAAGCUGAAUCUAGACCUUUGGAGGAGGAAGAAUUGAAGCUGCAAAGAGGGAAAAGAAAUGAUAUGUGGAUGUUGAGUAGGAAGUUGGAAUGGGAAUGGCUCCAAAAAUCGAGGUUGGACUGGAAUCUGAAGGGAGACUGGAACACAAGAUUCUUUCAUGUUAUGGCCAGUAGCAGGCAAACUAGGAACACUAUCAACUCCAUCACAGCAGGGGAUGUGGUUUUGUAUGAGCCAAAUCAAGUUAAACAUGAGGCACUCAAGGAGGAUGUGAUUAACUUUAUGAAAGACUUCCAUGUCAGUGGCAGAUUAGUUUUAGGUUUGAAUAGUACAUUCAUUACUUUGAUUCCAAAGCCAGAGAAAGCUAUCACUCUAAGUGGUAGGAAUAUCCUUGAUGGAGUGUUGAUUGCUAAUGAAGUUGUGGAUGAAGCACUAAAUAUUCUUCUUCAAAGAGCUAGGGAGUUGAGUUUGCUAAAAGAGGUAAUUAUUGGAAACAAUCAAGUACAACUCUCUCAUCUUCAAUUUGCAGAUGAUUCUCUUCUGUUCUGUAAAGCUGAGCUGCCAAAAGUUCUGAGCUUGAAAAGGAUCCUCAGGUGUUUUGAAGUAGCUUUAGGACUUAAAAUCAACUACCAUAAAAGUGUGGUUUGUGGGAUAGGUAUCCCUGACUCUGUUCUUGAUGAGUUUGCUUCCUUGUUAAAUUGUAAGACUCAAAGUUUACCAUUUAAGUACCUAGGAUUGCCUUUAGAUGCUAAUCCAAGGAGAAAGAGGUUUUGGAAACCAGUUAUUGACAAGUUCAAAUUGAGGCUUGCUGGUUGGAAAAUGAGGUUUCUCUUUUUUGCAGGGAGAUCGAUCUUAGUGAAAGCAGUGUUGCCAAGUCUACCUAUGUUUUACUUGUCUCUAUUCAAGAUGAAUGAAGAAAUAGCUAAGGAGUUAGAUAAAAUUCAAGAUGCAUUCUUACGAGGUGGCUUAGAUCUAAGGAGGAACAUCCAUCUUGUGAAAUGGAUAGAGGUAACAAAAAGCAUAAAACAAGGUGGGCUAGGCAUUAGAAGAAUUAGGGAUGUGAAUGUGUGCUUACUCCUCAAGUGGUGGUGGAGGUUUGCUUCUGAUCAUGAUUCAUUAUGGAAGACGGUAAUUUGCAGCAAAUACAAUUUUCAAGGUGGGGUAUGGCUACCUAAUCUCAGCUCUAGCAGCACCUUCUCUAAAAUCUGGGGUGGCAUCAUAGCAACAGUUGAGCAGUAA